GCGGCAUGAGGUUUCCAUGCGGCACCGGCGACCCGUCAGUAUCUCGCCGCGACUCCUACGUAACGUGUCCCCUGUGCGCUGUGACAAAAGGGCACCAUCACCACUCAUAAAUUGUUUAUUGUUCUACAAGAAACUAAUCACUCGUUAUUUCAUCACAAAAGAGGAGUUACGCCGGAGGGAAUCAAUGCACGAGUCUUCGAUCGGCGAUUUAACCCAACGUUGAAGUGAAUUAAAUCGGAGGCGAAGUCGAGGAAUUUUGACGCUAUGGGUCUGCAGACAGUGCUGUGGCUAUGUAUCGCAGUCAGUCUGAGGUCAGCCAAUUGUGUGAAGGAAUCGGGAGAUGCCGAGCGUGCGAGAUUACCGGAGCUCUUGACCGAGCUUGACCUUGCGAGUCUCGAAGCCUCGGAGGAGGACAUAGAUGCCCUGAAGAAGGUGGUAAAACGUCUGGCCCCGGCUAAAAACGGCGAGUACCAAGUAUUCCAAGUAUUCUUCGGAAAUGAGGAGCUUCUCAAGGAGUGGCUGUCUGGAGCGGGCUUGGGUCAGCCGGGCGUGGACUUUCCAAUGCUGACGACGAUUCCAGCCACAGAAUUCAGCUGUCGAGGGCUCAAAGGGGGGUACUACGCUGACUUGGAAACAAAUUGUCAGGUCUUCCACAUCUGCGACAACGGCAGAAAGAUCUCUUUCCUCUGUCCCAAUGGCACGAUUUUUCAACAGUCCCAGUUGAUCUGCGACUGGUGGUUCAAGGUCGACUGUAGUAAAUCAACAGAGUUGUACGAGCAAAGUGCGGAGCAACUGGCUCAGGAGGAACGCAAACGGGCCGAUUUGAAACGGGUUAAUUCCGAGUUUCACCGAUCUGAUAAUAACUACCAGAAUUCAAACUACGACGGCAAACAAAAUGCUAGAACAAAUCCCUAUGGUCCGACGAAGAAUCAAUUGGACCAGCGAUCUAGCGAUCUGAAGUCACGAGCUUUCGAUCCGAGUCAGAUCUACAAUCAAAAUCGUGGAAAUCAGUUCUCCCAGAUAAACGAUCUCGCCUCGAAUCCCGCAUUUUCCACAUCACAAGAGCCAAAUCUGAAGAAUCAGGACAACUACACUCCACGCACCACGAACUAUCAGAGCAUCGACAGGCAGCAAAAUCAGCUGAUCGAGGAGCGCAGUGGAAAGCAGUUCUACGAUCAAAGGGGCUCCAGCAAAUACUCAUCUCAAGUUGAUAAUUAUCGGACAACUUCUGGAGUGCGGGAUAAUUCACGCAGUGGUAAAGCUCAUCCUCUUCCUCGAGAGGAAGAGGGCAUCACAAAUCGUGCAACACCAGCUUACACGGAAACGACAACAUUCCGUACGAGUACACCAGCUCCAAUAAGGGAGUAUCAGCAGCCAGCGGAGAGUGCAGCGUUUGCAUCAUCUCGGGGGAAUCGAUAUAAUAAGCCAUACACCUCUAAUCAAUACAACAAUUACUACAACCCAGCGACCAACACGCCGCCAUCCCGAAGACCCACACAAUCGCCAAUAACGCCAAAGACCCGCCAAGAGACACCCCAGAGUAUCCUGAAGCCAAAAGGAAAGAUAGCGGACUACCCCUAUCCAACAUUCGCCCCAAUUUACCGUCCCCGUACCACAACGUAUGACUCAACAAUUCCCACGACCACGCCUCCCUACACAAAUACAUACUACAAUCGAGAUCGCACAACCAAUUGGGAGACAACGACAAAUUUAUACACUACCGGUCAAGAUUACCGCACAACCACUGAAACAGUCUACCCAGAUGACAUCACAGGAACAUAUCAGGGGAGCCGGGUGACAUCAACCGACUACACAGCAACCACACCAAAUCCACCGGCUACCUACACCAACUCCGAGACGUAUGAUAACAGCGUUGAUACACGAGAUUAUGCACGUACUACUUACACAACUAGAGCAUCAACGAGCACCCAGAGAUAUUCAACUGGUAGUUCAUCCAGUGGAUUUACCAGUGGCAAUACUAUUACCAAGUCAGCUAUCAACGAUGUCACAGUGGAUCAAAAUUCUCUGAGUACUCAUACCCAGGAUGAUAAACUUGCGCGAACUAAGACGACACCCUGGAAGAGUCUACCACGAACUUUCCAGAACUAUCGGCAAAAUAGUAUAAGUCCAUCAACGGAAAAGUACCGCACAACACAAGUUUCACCGCAGUCUCAAACUUCAAAAACUUCUCCACCCUACGACACCAGUAUAACAUAUCAAAAUGGCAAGGUCAUGUCGACAUUAGGACCCUAUGUGCCAUUUACCAAAAAUUAUGCAUACACAACAACGACUACUACGACAACUCAACGGCCACCAGUUUACACAGCCACUGUACCAACAUAUAGUUCACCAUCCUCGCAAUAUCGAUCCAGUGGUAAAGCUGGAAGAAUACAGUACCCAGCGUCAGUCAACCGUGUACGUGGCAGUUCGACGUACCUGCCUGACGUCAAUUCAACUGUAAAACGUCCAUCAGAUUCUAAAUCUCUGCUAGAACGUGAGCAUGCAUUCAAUAUGCUGGAAUCACUGAAGGGUCUAGAGGGUACAAUGCCGACCAUUAUUGGAAAUACUAGCCGAAAUGGAUUGACUAUUCCGCAUUCUUCCAGCCCGGCUACCCUUCAUUCUCUCGCGCUGUACUUUGCAACUGCCAGUGACGAGUUUGGUGGAUCUGAUAAACAUGAGAACGACUCCUCCGAGACACAUAAGACUCCAUCACAAGGUAAUGGGACUUCGAAAGUUGACCUUCCGACGUCAAUUUUGACUGAACACACGAUAAACUCCUAUGCGGAGCUCUUCAACCUCAAUAAUGCCCUGGAGACGAGCCCCAAUAGCACAGAAACUGACCAACAAAGUGGAGAGAUCGAUUCCAAUGAUGACCUAGACCUUCAGCAGAGUGAGGGUCCCGUGACAAGCUCGAAAAAAUCAAACAGCACGAAAUUGCGGGAACUCGCCCAGGUCUUCACUCAUGCUUUGUCUGCAUAUCUCCAGGAUCCUACGACCUUCAAGAAGAUCCUUGCCGAGAUCAGACCGACAGAGCCUCCAGCAGUCGAGAGUGGAGAAAGUUUCUCGACGACGACCUACAUUCCCACAACAUCCGAGGAUUACCCAUCAGUCACAAAGGAGAAGGAUGAGGUCCUGGAUUUCUCGGAGGACGUCACUGCACCGAGACGACCCAUCCUCCAAACCACUACAGAAAUACCAACGACACCAGACGACGCAGCUUUCGGUUAUUACACGACGUCGGUAACGUCCGAGUCUCAAUAUUCAAGUACUCCCCCUCCCAGUACCCAGGAUUAUUUAAAUCCCACGAACGAUUUUGCCUCGGCUGUGAACCAUGCCUUCGACUCAUCUAACGGAAUUCAGGGUUUCUCGGGUCCCAGUGGACCCACUUCCAACGACGCUCUCAACGAUUAUGAGAAUUACUUUCCGGAUACCAAACGUGGGAGUGACAUUCAACGAAACUCCACCUACGAGCCCUACGGCAAGUACGUCAAGCCAGUGAAUUCAGUGCCAAUUGGCGAUAAUUACGUCUCCUCCUCGACCCCAGCUACCUACGAACAGACAUUACCGCCGGAAAAUCCAAGCGAUGGUAACGUAAUAACGUCUAAUCAGAAUUACCAAAGUUCCGGGGAGAAUUUCGAAGAGCAGACGGAAUUACCGGAGGCAACAACAACAGUUGAGCCAUUUAGAAUCCGUUAUUACGAUACAACGACGAUGCGAUCUGAAGAUAGUAACGAGGAGUCACUGGUUACAGCUAACAGCAUCUACUCAAGUUACAAUAAUUACAAUCGUCUUAAUAAUGCACCUAAUGAUGUUAGUCGACCAAAUGCCGCCUUGUCUCAAACUUCUGCUGAUAAAGACGACGGUCUGAACAAUCACUGGACGUCAUCACCUACAGUGACACAGUUGUGGGAGAGCACAGUCUUCGUGGAUCCGAAACGUAUAAAUCAGGGAUUGACAUCGGAGGGUGUCAAUCAAACACCACGAACCGAGGGCUUUGGUAAUGAUCCCUCCGCCACAACGCAUUCGUCAGUGACAGGAGCGUCUGAGCUUUUGGUGACGGAUGCAACGGGCGAUGUAACGCCGAGAAACGGUAACAGAGGAUCGAAUCCAACGACAACUUGGCAAUGGAGCAACACUGAUAACGACGCACCAACGGCAUUUAGUCUAUUGCCAAAGGUUUAUUCGACUGAGCACACUGCAACGCCUGCGCCAAUUUACACUACCAGGUCGAGUAUAACGACAACGAUAACAUCGUCAGUUAUUUCGACGAGUUCAUUGCCCCAGCCAGGGUUCCCAGUUAAAGCUAGAUUGAAGAAUAAUAUUGUCAAUGCUACGGAGAAUGAAAUUGUCAGGGCUAAGCAGAUGUUCGGUGGUCUUAACGAUACGAGUUCUGAUGUCUUGAUGAGAGUCAUGAAGACUGCUGAUCAGAAUGCAACUGUCCGGCAGCUCGUUCUGCUGUUGAUUAGCCACUGCACUGGACCCAUGAACAAGAGCAGAGAAGAGGAGAAGCAGCAGCUGCUCAAUGCUCUCCUCAGUAUGCCGGUUAAUCAGUUUACGUCGGAGGAAUCACGGGACCUUGUCGAAGGCCUCACCAGGCUCAACAUUCCCGAUGACCUCGAGGCCAGCAGCACAACAGCCAUUGUCACGUCGACUGAGCCCAUCGUAACGACGUUCAGGAGCAAAAAGUUGAGGAGAAUCAAAUCUAAUGAGGAUGAAUCAUUCGCCGGAAGCAGGGGGAGUAGCGGAGGGAAGUCGGAGGGCGGUGAGGAGACUGCGGUGUCUGACGGAAGAGCGCUUGAACUACUGAGGUCACUCUACACUGUCGCUGCUAAGUGGGGUUGAAUCCUUCUGGGACACCCGGAUUUGCUCAUGAUUACAUUCUUCGUAUGAAGGAAUUUUAAUGAUGUCGGUGGGUGGAGGCAGCAUUCAUACCGGUGGUGACGGUUGUGGCCAGCAUCAUCAAUGUUACUAUUAUUAGAUUUUUUAGGUUCUCUUAGGGGUUGAGUGCGUGAGGGGUCGGGAAAUUGGGAUCAAAUUGUUGGUUAUGCAUGUUAAGUAGAUAGUUAUGUAUUCUGAUGCGAGAGGUUGUUCAGGAUGUCUUUCGUGAGGUAUAACUGAAGUGUGUGAGCAGCUUGCUAGGUAAUUGGGGUAAAUUCAAUGGGCAUCUUUUUAUGAAUUACGGUUUCCAAGUAGGAGAUGUACUUAAUUUCCUCGGCUCAUGGUUUCUGAGGUUGUUCAGAGCUCGUAUGGUAGGUUUUUGGGUGACAUGGAGAUGAGAUGAAAUAAGCUAGUGGUGGAUUUCAGGGGUCUAUCCAUUAUCUGUCGAGCUCGAGCUUGAUGAGUUUAUGUAAAAUAUGUUUGUACAGAGUGUGAAUAAAUAAAUGUGGGUUUUGUU